AACAGGCAAGACUUCCCAGUUUCCAUGGUCUACGGAGGAAGUGUCUCUCUCAUAAUACAUAUUUCCAGAGGCCAUAGAGAGACACGUAAAAUACUAAGAAAUAAAGACAUAACAGCUGAUAUUCAGGCCUGUAACACUUGAACAAUAUCCCUAAAAUUUGAACAAGGGCCAUGGUACCUAAACAAAGCACCUGAAGAAGCCCUCGCACAUUUAUCUGAAAUGGAAUUGAGGACCAAGCACAUUGAAACCCUAAGAAGUCCAGGAGUCAGCCGCAAUAUACCACAGUAGCCAUGGGUGUAUUUCAGCAGAAGAGAACCAUCACACGGAUGUUAGGAUUUCUCUGCCUUUUCAAUGCCCUUGUUAUCAUCGGACUCUCAUACAGACAGCAAUGGGUUCCCUUAAAGGAAGCUAACAACACAGUCCUCAAGCUACCAAGGGCGGCACUAGAAAAUCUCCUCAAGAUCUAUAGAAACGCAGUAGCCUCCAAAACAAAGCAGCAUGCUGUACCUCGCCUUACGCCGAUUGAAAAACCCAAGACAUACCCUUCAAAGUCUGGUUGUUUCCCAUAUUUUAGUAAGCUGGGAGUACAGGCUGUUGCAGAAAACGACUGCAACAAGCCUUACGUCACAAUGAACAAGUCGGGGCGUCUGGGCAACAAGAUGUGUCAGUACGCCAGCCUCUACCUCCUGCGUCACCUGUUUGGAGUCCGGGUGGCUAUCUUCGAUGAAAUGCACACAACCCUUGACAAAAUCUUCAAGAACAUAGACAUACCAGUCAAGAAACCAGACUGUUUUGUGGGGGAUGCUAGGGGCACCACCUACACGAGCCUGUAUGAUAAGCUGUACAGGGCUGAGGCAACGGCCCAGAACACCAUCACCUCCAAUAUCAUCAUUGAAUCUUUGCUGGACACUCCUUACCACAUCUACAACUUCCCCGCACCACGAGACCUCUUACUGGAGCAUCGAAACCUGAUUCACUCCCUGUUCAAUUUCCGAGACGAGGUGAAACAGAAUGCCAUACGGAAUAUUGACAAUGUUCUUAGAAGCUUCAAUGCAACGUAUCACCACAGGGACUUCCCAAUUGUCACUGUUCAUGUCAGACGGACGGAUUAUGAGAGGCAUUUGAAGAACCGGUUCAAUCUGACCCAGUUGGAUAAACUCUAUUUCAUUAAUGCCUUUGAGUUCUACAAGAAACGGUUGGAACGCCCUCUAUUUCUGGUGGUAAGUGACGACCCAGAAUGGUGCAGAGAAAAGCUACAGGCAAAGGAUGUGCUAGUCAUUGCCUCGGAGAUCCCAGAAGAAGACAUGGCGGUGAUGAGCUUAGGAGAUCAUCAUAUCAUAAGCUACGGGACCUUCAGCUUCAUGGGAGCCUUGCUGGGGAAUGGCAACAUAACACACCCGCUUACCAAGAACCCUCGCUACAGCUUCGUGAAGUGUAUCAAGUCCCCAGUCUUUUACAAUGUUGAUAGGGGCGACAAUCAGGAAUAUCAUGAAUGAAUGCAAUUUAGUUACCUAUGCAUUUUAUGUUUUUUAUCUUUUUUUAUUUUACUUGAAAAUUACUUUCUUUUGCACCAAGUGUUUUUCAAGUUUUUGUAUACCUUUUCUUUCUUUCUGUGAAUUUUACACUCUUCUGUUUUUAAAUCGUUUGAAAAGCAUGCAAUGUUUUUAAUAUACAUUAUAUUUUUCUAUACCAUUAUUUUUCUUCUAUAUCACAGUGGGCCGCCGUGGUACAGUAGAACCACGCGCAUUUUGGUGGCUGGGAGAUUCCAAGCGCAAUGGUUCCAAUUUUGGACACUGUCCAAGUGUAGGAAGAGCUUACACUCAGGAUAACGGUUUCCUAACGGAUGGAUUUUCAAAUAAGAUGUAUUCUAAAUACCUCCUGUGGCCCGUAAUUCCUGUAAAAAUCUCACACUGAAGUGGCGUCACAUCAGUGGCCUUUCUGUGACCAUAACUACUUUCAAAAGGCUCCACAGUGUUUCUAUAAUGCUAUAGAUAUUUGUAGAUGACAUUCUCAUCAAUAUCUCUACUUUUCGAAAAUAAUCUAUCUACCAGACAAUAUAUGAUUUAA